AUGGGCCUUCUUCGCCUCAGUCGUGCUCGCCACGGAUCUUGCCCUGGCUUUGCCGCAAGCCGCGCCCAGCAUCUCCACUACCAUCGCCGUCUCUUCCGUGCCUACGUCGGCUUCGGAGCCUACAUCCACUACGACUUCCAAACCCUCAACCAAAAUGUCUGGAAACACGACAUCACCCUCUCCGGCGGCGGCAACUGGGAGUUCGAGUGGUACACUAACAACCGCACCAACUCGUUCGUCAAGAACGGGACGCUCUUCCUCAAACCCACGCUCACGGCCGACAACAUUGGCGCUGAAAAUGUCGUUAGUGGGACCACGAUGGAUUUGAAUGGGAAUGAGGCGGGGUAUCAUUGUACGGAUGCGGGGUUCUUUGGAUGUAGGAGGACGAGCGAUGGGACAAAUAUUAUCAACCCGGUUCAGAGUGCGAGGAUUAGUACUGCUGAGAGUGUGGCGAUUCAGUAUGGAAGGGUUGAAGUUAAGGCGAAGUUGCCGAAAGGAGACUGGAUCUGGCCCGCAAUCUGGCUCCUCCCCAAACGGCCCACCUACGGCAACUGGCCCGCAUCCGGCGAGAUCGACAUCAUGGAAAGCCGCGGGAACAAACCCGGCAACGCCAAAUCGCCGGGUUACGACACCAUCGGCUCGACUCUGCACUGGGGGCCCAGCUACCAGUUCAACAAGUUCGACCUGACACACAAAGAGUUCAAGCUUCCCAGCGGCAGCUUUGGGGAUGAGUUCCAUACGUUUGGAUUGGAGUGGACUCCGGAUUAUUUGAGGACGUACGUCGACGAGCCUACCAAUGUCGUGCUCGAAGUGCCCCUGAGCAAAAGCUUUUGGGACAAAGGCGGCUUCCCCACCAGCAUCAACAACCCCUGGGAAGACCAAUGCACUGCGGCCCCCUUCGACCAAGAAUUCUACCUGAUCCUCAAUGUCGCCGUGGGCGGCACAGCCUCCUACUUCCCCGACGACGCCGGCGAUAACAAACCAUGGAAAAACACGGCCGCGACCGCUGCCAAGGACUUUUGGGACGCUAAGGACCAGUGGUACAAGACUUGGGAGAAGGAUGAUGUGGCUAUGAAAGUUGAUUCGGUUAAGAUGUGGAAGAUGUGCUAG